UUUACAGGUAACUGGGUAGAAAAUGGCUUUUUACACCCAGUGAGUUUCACUUUCCAAAUGUUUAAAUGUGAAAAGUAAAAUUUCCGAAGAGAUCAGUACCCCUAGUGUAAAUUUAGUCGAUAGCGAAACGUGACGUACGCGUUUGCGUUAAGUCUCAUUUUGUAUGGGUUUUUGAACAGCGCGCCAAGCGGGACGUUUUGGAAAGUCAAAAAUCUCAUACAAAAUGACACUUAAUGCAAACGCGUACGUCACGUUUCGCUGUCGAAAAUAUUUACACUAGGGGUACUGAUGAAUACUUAUAACGAAGGGUGGUGUUAACUCCGCCGACAUUUUUGACUUGUUUCCGCGCGAACGCACGUAUCUUUUGCGUCUCCGUGACUUUCGCACUUUAGGGCAAAAACUUCGACCAUCAGUUCGUACCAAGUAAUAAGAAUAGUGCGUUCAUACAGUCAAUAGAUUUAAUUUGUGACCCAUAUCGGACCUUGUCUCAGUAACAAAUUACGCCAUUGAGGGCCAAAGAGUUCACUAAGUCGUUAAUAUGCUUUUUGAGAAAAAUGAAAAGUGAUUAAGUUUUUGAAAAUAUUAUUUAAAGCGAAUAAAGUGAAGUGAAAUGUUACGAUUAGUUGUGUUUGGGUUAGUAUUGCGGCAUUCUACAGCGGUGAUAUAUAAAUUGACUCCCCAGGAGUAUGACGUGCUGCCGAAAUUGACGAAUAUCGACGAGUAUGCACCAUGCAUGCGCGUGCCUGGCGAUGCCUACUGCUUUGUCAGCGCUGAACUCCACGGGAACCUGUCAGACCCCUUGUAUCAUAUGUUGGUGGAAUAUUCAGCGAAUACCAUAACUCAUUUCGAUCACACUCACAUACACCGUGGUAUUUGUCCAAAAAAGACCUGUGUACACCACAUGCAUACGUCAACAAACCUGACCAAAGUGGUUGAAACCUGCCUCAACGAAACUCUGACCAGAGAUUAUAGCUUGACCGCCAAAAUAUUCGAAGCUCAUUGCGAGGAGUACUCAAAAGAGUUGAAAUUGGAUAGUGGGGACUAUGCGUUCGUGGUGGUGAUUUUCGGUGUCCUGGUUCUCAAUUCACUGGGGAGCUUUUACGACUUUUUCUGUGAACAUGGGAAAAAUACGUUUGUUGGCAGAUAUGUUCUAUGCUUCUCUGUGAGACGAAACUGGCAGCGACUGGCCGCGCCCGGGAGCUCCAGUCCUAUGCAGCGACGGAUCAAGUCCAUCCACAGCUUCAGAACGAUCACUGCCCUCCUGGUGAUCAUUGGUCAUUCACCUAUUCCUAGUCUUCUAGUAGGCAAAGACCCACAAUUUAUGGAAGAGACUUACCAUAACAUAUCAUUCCAUUUAUUUUUCAACGGAACCCUGAUUGUCCAGACCUUCUUUAUGAUUUCUGGUUUUCUGAUGGCCUACAACAUGCUGUUGUCGGAGCAGAAACGUCCACCGAGUUGGUUGAACCUACCUAAAGGUGUACUUUUGAGGUGGUUGAGAUUGACUCCACCCUACGCCCUAGUGAUGUUAUUUGUUAUGACCUGGAUGAGGCAUUUGAGUUCGGGUCCUUUUUAUUUGAAAAGUGUGACGUCCGAAGCGGUGGCCUGCCACCGUGACUGGUGGCAGCAUUUGCUGUACAUACAUAACUAUAUCGACCACUCGCAAUGCAUGGCUCAUGCCUGGUAUCUGGGAGCCGAGUUCCAGCUCAGCAUAGUUGGUCUCCUGGUAUUCUGUGUGCUGCACAGCAACAGAAUUCGAAAGAUGGUCAUCGGAGCAGUGAUGGUGGUGGGCCUCAUCACCCCCGCUGUCCACACCUACGUACAGGACUUGCAUGCUGUUCUGAUCGUCUCUCCAGAAGUGGCGCUAAACUUUUUCGUAGAAGACCCGACGUUUAACAACUUGUACAAACGUGGUCACACCAACCUCGUCUGCUACGGGCUUGGACUGGCGAUGGCUUACGCUGUCUACAAUUUGACGGAUAGUGACUUAGGGGCGAAGAAAUUCAAGGCAUACCUGCCGCUAUACUGGUCGCUGUUCCCCAUCAUGCUGGUCAUCGUGCUGACAGGCUACGUGUUCUACAUCGACGGCAUCAUCAUACCGAUCUGCGUUCGCGUCGUCUACUCCAGUGCGAUCAAGUUCAUAUUUGGCUUUGUGACCGCGGUCUUCAUAUAUCUGACGAUUGUGAAAACCGACAGAGCGUUCCGCGGGUUCUUAAACUGGGGCGGAUGGGCCCGCAUCUCCCGACUCACGUACUUCGCGUAUUUAGUGCACAUCCCUAUUCUGCGAUUCGGCAUCGGCAACGUUGAUGAAUUGGUCCCUAUUGGCGUGUUCUGGCUUCUCACAAACUUGUUGUCGUGCAUUUGCAUGGCGUACAGCCUGGCAGUUCCUCUCUUCAUUACGGUGGAGAGUCCACUGGCUGAGCUGGUCAAGGUCGCCUUGGUGCCGCAAGCCAAGCCUGCAGCCAAGGCCAGCAAGAAGAUGAUUGUAGUUAAGCUUUAGUUG